AGACUCGACCAAUAAUUAUACACCAUAAAUUAUCACGUGGUGUAACUGAACUGCUCUGGUCUGGUCUGCUUGAGUAAACGACCAUUCUCCUCAUCAGGCCGCUCCAAUACAGAAGGUUGGGAGAGCAUUGAAUUGGAUUUAAUGCCCAAAAUCUAUCUAUUGCUUAAUGUCCAUGAUACCCACCUCCUUCUUUGUCAUGGGGAUCGCCUCCUUCUUCUUCAAGGUCAUACACAUACUGCUCUUAACAAAUCUGUCAAUGGCUGUUCCUGCCAGUGUUAACAGAGCCGCUGCCCUUGAAAUAAACAAGGCAGGCCCUUACAUAGGCCUAAUCAUGGCCGAUCAAACGGAGGAACAGACGCUUCUUGCUGCAGGGGUUUUCCUGCCCUGUGCUAUAAAUCCAUGGCUCGAUUUCUCCGGUCGGAGGUUCAACAUUGGAAGCAUCAAUGGCCAGAAAAUUAUAUACGUCAGAUGUGGUCAGCGCAGGUUGAAUGCAGGUGUGACCACUCAAAUGCUGAUAGACCUGUUCGACAUAGCUGGUGUUGUGCACUAUGGAACAGCAGGCAAUGCAAAUAAUUCUCUUUCUAUUGGAGAUGUCAGCGUUCCCAAGUAUAUUGCCUACACAGGCUCGUGGAAGUGGACGAAAUUUGGCACCAAAAUGGUAGGAGACCAGCUUGGGUAUCUGCAUUUUGGAAACUAUGAUGUACCUGUGGGAAACAAAACAAAUCUGCUGAGCAAUAUAGUUUUUCAGCCUGAAGAGUUUUUCUCCGAAAACAGUGAAAUGCAGGAAAUCUUUUGGCUGGAAGCAACCCGAAAAUGGUUCUACACUGCCAGCAAACUUGAGGGACUAAAACUGGAGGGAUGUGUUAACAGUACAUUCUGCCUUCCUGAACCCCCAAAAGUAGUGGUGGGACUGAAUGCUUCCAGUGCAGAUAUCUUUGUUGAUAAUGCCGCAUUUAGAGGUUUCUUGUUCAAUCACUUUCAAGUGGCCUCUGUAGAUGAAGAGAGUGCAGCCAUAGCAAUGAUCUGCCAAUCAAGCAAUUUGCCAGUAAUUGUGUUCAGAGGCUUAUCUGAUUUGGCUGGAGGUGACAAGGAAAACGUUUCAUCUAUGUUCAGUUCUUUGGCUGCUAAAAAUGCCCUAACAGCUGCAAUUGCUUUCUUAUCCCUGUUACAACAUGCCACAGAAGGUGGAGGAGUUCCAAAUGCAUUGCAACUUGUUGACACCUGAUAAGAUUACCUAUAUCAACCAUAUUAUUGAUCUGUUUCUUCAGAAAAAACUACAUGCCCUCAAUAAAAAUAAAUUAAAAAAAUUUGGGACCUCUUGAUAGUGUAGAAGAUGUUCACAUAAUUGAUAGUUGUGUUAGGAAAGAGGAUGGUCUUAAAGAACACUAAAGGCGUGAUUGUUAUUGUUCAAUGUCAAUUGAUGAUCGACUCUUGUGAGAGA